AUGCGUGUCGGAAAGUCCACUCUCUUUGGCGGUCUCGCCCUGACUCCUUUGACUUUGGCUGUGCCAAUGCUCCAGUCUCGAGCCACCUCCGAUCCGGCCGAAUGGACGGAACUUCAUAGAGCCGCACAGCUGUCCUCUGCAGCUUACACCGGUUGUACCGGUAGUGCCUUCGAUGUCACUAUCACCAAGCAAAUCAAUGAGCUUGUAACUGAUACCCAAGGCUUCAUCGGUUACUCCACCGAGAAGAAGCGUAUAACCGUCGCCAUGCGGGGUUCCACUAGCGCAACCGACAUCGCCAACGACGUCGACACCACCCUCGUCGAGCCCACCCUGUCUGGAGUCAACUUCCCUUCCGGCGCCAAGAUGAUGCACGGCAUCUAUUCUCCCUGGUCUUCCGUGCACGAUGAUGUGAUCUCGGAAGUCAAGUCGCUGGUCGAGCAAUACCCCGACUACACCAUCGAAUCGACCGGACACUCCCUCGGUGGCUCUCUCACCUACAUCUCCUACAUCGCGCUUGCGCAGAACUUCCCCGGAAAGACAAUCAUCAGCAAUGCCCUUGCGGCCUACCCCAUCGGUAACGAGGCUUUCGCCAACUUUGGUGCCUCUCAGAACGGAACCCUGAACCGGGGUAAUAAUGCUGAUGAUGGUGUCCCUCGAUGUUUUAGAACAUGUACGUCAUGUGGCCCUGGGACUUUGUUCACUAUGGCACCCUCCGGAACUCAGGCCAGCACGGUCAAGUGCAGUGGUGAGCGCGAUACCUCUUGCUCGGCGGGUAAUGGCCAGGUUGGUGUCACUGCUGGUCACUUUUCCAACUUUGGUAUCGCUAUGGGUAUGGCUGGAUGCUCUUCGUCGCUUUUGUAA